UCUAUUGAUCCUAAGUGCCUCUCGUUCUCACACCUUGUCAACAACAGUCACCCUGGUCCUCUCCUGUCCAGCUGUCCCAGACCUCCAGCGGAGUGUGGACGUCUUUCUCUGCCUACCAACACCCCCCCCCCCCUUCUGCUUCGACUCCGUCUGCCUGGAUCCAAAUGUGGAUGUCUUCCUCUUAGACCUACCCGUCUAGACCCCCCCCCCCCUGUGCUGUGACUUCCUCUCUAUCUGUCUCGCCACCAUGCUGCUGCGCACCUCAGACUUCCUCCUGCUCUCUCUCUGCCUCUCCUGGGGGAUGUCUGCUUCUCUGGUCAGGAACAUCACUCCUGAAGAGGAAGUCCCAGAGGCAGAAACCAUGUUCGGGGAUGACACCGUUGCUGCUGCUACCGAGGGUGAUACAGAGGGUGAUACCAGGGGUGACACUGUUGCUGCUGCUACCGAGGGUGAUACCGGGGGUGACACUGUUGCUGCUGCUACCAAGGGUGAUACCGUUGCUGCUGCUACCGAGGGUGACACUGUUGCUGCUGCUACCGAGGGUGAUACCGGGGGUGACACUGUUGCUGCUGCUACCAAGGGUGAUACCGUUGCUGCUGCUACCGAGGGUGACACCGUUGUUGCUGCUGCUGCUACCGAGGGUGACACUGUUGCUGCUGCUGCUGCUACCGAGGGUGACACCAUUGCUGCUGCUGCUACCGAGGGUGACACUGUUGCUGCUGGUGCUGCUACCGAGGGUGACACCAUUGCUGCUGCUGCUACCGAGGGUGACACCAUUGCUGCUGCUGCUGCUACCGAGGGUGACACCGUUGCUGCUGCUACUGAGGGUGACACUGUGGGGGCAGAUAGCCUGGUUGUUGAUGAUACGCCUACCGCUGUAGAUAUCAGGGUGGAGGGUGACACUGUGGGGGCAGAUAGCCUGGUUGUUGAUGAUACGCCUACCGCUGUAGAUAUCAGGGUGGAGGGUGAUACCGUGGGGGUAGAUAGCCUGGUUGUUGAUGAUUCACCUACCGCUGUAGAUAUCAGGGUGGAGGGUGAUACCGUGGUGGCAGAUAGCCUGGUUGUUGAUGAUACGCCUACCGCUGUAGAUAUCAGGGUGGAGGGUGAUACCGUGGGGGUAGAUAGCCUGGUUGUUGAUGAUACACCUACUGCUGUAGAUAUCAGGGUGGAGGGUGAUACCGUGGGGGUAGAUAGCCUGGUUGUUGAUGAUACGCCUGCAGUGGAGGAACCUGUAGAAGACACCCCAGUGGCUGAAGACCUGGUGGCCGACAAGCCUGUUGCAGAUACCAUUGUAGCUGGGGCAUUUGUAGUCAAGGAAGCAGUUGCGGACUCCCCUGUUGCUGAUGAUCCGCUAGUAAACGCCCCUGUCAUGGCAGAUGAAGCCCCAGACACAGAGGCCCUCAUGGCGGACAUGCCAGUGGUGGAAGACCCUGCUUACAUGGAUCCGGAGACCCUUGUUAAAGAGGCCCUGAUAACAGAAGCCAUGAUUAAAGAGUUGUCUGCCCAGGUGGAGGAGGAAGACCUCGCUAAAGAGACUGAGAUUCAGGACACCAUCUUGAAAGAUUUGGCUGACCAGGAGGAACUAGAAAAAGCGACAGAGGCCAUUGAAGAGGCAGCAGAGGCAGAGGCAGAAGCUCCAGCGGAGGAUACAGCCAGCCCUGUGGUACCUGUCGUCGAAGCCCAGGAAGAGGACUCUGACUGGGGCUUGGUUUCCAUCAAAGAGAGCCUCCAGACAGCCAAUGGAUACUUUGACUCCCUGGUGGAAUUGAUGGGGGGACGCAACGGAUUGUGUCAGUACAAAUGCAAAUACGGUAAGACACCUGUGCAUCGCAUUGGUUAUGUGAUCCCAGAGCCCAAUGGUUGCAGCUCCGACCUCCUAGGAUUCCAGGUACCAGAUAGUUUUGACAUGGGCAUCCCAGCCAUGACUCAGUGCUGUAACCAGCUGGACAGUUGCUAUGACACCUGCGGCUCCGACAAAAACCGCUGUGACUCCAAGUACCGCUUGUGUCUCCACGCUAUCUGCUCUGACCUGAAGAAGAGCCUGGGGCUUGUGUCAAAGGUCAAAGCCUGUGAGACCGUAGCAGAUACUCUGUACAACACAGUGUGGACGCUGGGCUGCAGAUCCUUCAUGAACAGCCAGAGGGAAGCAUGUCACUGUGAGGGAGAGGAGAGGGACGAGCUGUAGAGGACCAGGCAGGAAACUACACAACACCUCCCAGCCCUAGACCAAACUGGGGCACUACACUACUCAACACGAGAGAAAGCUGGGAGGAGAGGGACGAGCUGUAGAGGACAGGCUGGGACACUACACUACACUACCCAGCACUACACUACACAACACUACCCAGCACUAGACCAACCUGGGACACUACACAACACUACCCAGCACUACACUACACAACACUACCCAGCACUAGAACAAAAUGGGACACUACACUACCCAGCACUAGACCAAAAUGGGACACUACACUACACUACCCAGCACUAGACCAAAAUGGGACACUACACUACACUACCCAGCACUAGACCAACCUGGGACACUACACUACACUACACUACCCAGCACUAGACCAAAAAUGGGACACUACACUACACUACCCAGCACUAGAUCAACCUGGGACACUACACUACACUACCCAGCACUAGAUCAACCUGGGACACUACACUACCCAGCACUAGACCAACCUUGGACACUACACUACCCAGCACUAGAUCAACCUGGGACACUACACUACACUACCCAGCACUAGACCAACCUGGGACACUACACUACCCAGCACUAGAUCAACCUGGGACACUACACUACCCAGCACUAGACCAACCUGGGACACUACACUACCCAGCACUAGAUCAACCUGGGACACUACACUACCCAGCACUAGAUCAACCUGGGACACUACACUACACUACCCAGCACUAGAUCAACCUGGGACACUACACUACCCAGCACUAGACCAACCUGGGACACUACACUACACUACCCAGCACUAGAUCAACCUUGGACACUACACUACCCAGCACUAGACCAACCUGGGACACUACACUACCCAGCACUAGAUCAACCUGGGACACUACACUACACUACCCAGCACUAGACCAACCUUGGACACUACACGAUAUCAACCUGGGACACUACACUACACUACCCAGCACAAGACCAACCUGGGACACUACACUACACUACCCAGCACUAGACCAACCUUGGACACUGCACUAGACAAACCUGGGACACUACACUACACUACCCAGCACUAGACCAACCUUGGACAUUACACCAGAUCAACCUGGGACACUACACCACACUACCCAGCACUAGACCAACCUUGGACACUACACUACCCAGCACUAGACCAACCUGGGACACUACACUACCCAGCACUAGACCAACCUAGGACACUACACUACACUAUCCAGCACUAGACCAACCUGGGACACUACACUACCCAGCACUAGAUCAACCUGGGACACUACACUACCCAGCACUAGACCAACCUGGGACACUACACUACCCAGCACUAGACCAACCUGGGACACUACAGUACACUACCCAGCACUAGACCAACCUGGGAAGAGAGGGACUAGCUUUAGAGGAUCAACCUGGGAAGCGAGGGACGAGCUGUAGAGGACCAACCUGUGAAGAGAGGGACUAGCUGUAGAGGAUCAACCUGGGAAGAGAGGGACUAGCUGUAGAGGAUCAACCUGGGAAGAGAGGGACGAGCUGUAGAGGACCAACCUGGGAAGAGAGGGACUAGCUGUAGAGGAUCAACCUGGGAAGAGAGGGACUAGCUGUAGAGGAUCAACCUGGGAAGCGAGGGACGAGCUGUAGAGGACAUGCAUGUACAUAGAACAAUAUCCUCUUGCAAGAAUCAUCAAUGGAAAGAAGAAGCCAACAGUCACUUGCAUCAAAAUGAAGGGGAAAAAAAUGAACAAGCACUCACUUGAUUCAGUUGAAAUUCAAGUCAACAUGGAUUCACACUAGAUAGCCACUCCUAUUUGUCAUAUCUUUAAUCUGAGUCUGGAGGACAAAUAAUUGUCCUUAGAACUGGAGGGAAACCAAAGUAAUUCCGGUACCCAAGAAUGGAAAAGCACCCUUUACUGGUUCUAACAGCGGACCAAUCAGCUUGCUGCCGACUCUUAGCAAUCUUAAUUUAAAAAAAUUGUGAUUGACCAGAAACAAUGCUAUUUCUCUGUAAACAAAUUAACAACAGACUUUCAGCAUGCUUAUAGAGAAGGGCACUCAACAUGUACAGUACUGCACUGACACAAAUGACUGAUGAUUGGUUGAAAGAAAAGGAAAAAAAGAUAUGUAUAACAAGAAAAUUGUGGGAGCUGUAUUGUUAGAUUUCAGUGCAGCCUUUGAUAUUAUUGACCAUGUCUUGUUAUUGAAAAAACGUAUGUGGCAGAGGCUUUUCAACCUCUGCCAUAUCAUGGAUUCAGAGUGAUCAAUCUAAUAGAACACAAAGGGUUUUCUUUAAUGGAAGCUUCUCUAAUGUCAAAAAUGUAAAGUGUGGUGUACCACAGGGCAGCUCUCUAGGCCCUCUACUCUUUUCUAUUUUCUUUUUACUAAUCAAUCAAAUGUAUUUAUAAAGCCCUUUUUACAUCAACAGAUGUCAGAAAGUGCUAUACAGAAACCCAGACUAAAUGACUGACCACGAGUCUUAAGUAAAGCAUGUGUGUCUAUGUAUGCUGAUGAUUCAACAUUAUACAUGUCAGCAACCACGGCUAAUGAAAUUACUGCAACACUUAACAAAGAGUUGCAGUCAGUUUUAGAAUGGAUGGCCAGUAAUACAUUAGUCCUGAGUAUCUCUACAACUAAAAGCAUUGUAUUUGGUACAAAUGAUUCCCUAAAUUCAAAACCUCAGCUGAGUCUGAUAAUGAAUCAAUUGGCUGUUGAGCAAGAUGAGGAGACUAAAUUACUUGGCAUUACCUUGGAUUGUAAACUGUCAUGGUCAAAACCUAUUCAUUCAAUGGUUGUAAAGACGGGGAGAGGUCUGUCCUUGAUUUAAACCUAGAUUCAGUCAGAUCAAUCGUUAACCAACGAUAGCAGACACAUGCAUAGCGGCUGUUAUGGCAGUAUCUGAGGUGGAACUGCAUUGGAGCCGUCAAAUCGAUGAGCAGUUGCACAUGCGAUCAUUGUCAUGAAGCAUCACCCGCUUCACUAGAAGCCACACCCUCCCCACUAGAAGCCACACCCUCCUCACUCGAAGCCACACCCUCCUCACUUGCGUUAGAAGUUCAGAAUGUGUAGGCUACAUAGAAAUAAUUACGCAUUAAACAAAAUAAUAAGGAUUUCUAUUAUCAAGGUGUAGAUUACAUAUCACAUUGCAGUGUUCCCACUUGUUAACAAAUCUGCAUUGCCAUUGGCAAUGUCCGCUUUAGUUAUAAUGCCGGGAGCCACUUGUGGAUUUAACAGCUCAGUUCCACCUCGGGCACCAUCAAAAUAACCGUUAUGAAGAUGUUGAGUAGAGCCCAAAGAGGUGUUGAACCUACCAAAUUGUUUACGUAGUCAAAGACACAGCUCUGACACACACACUUAUCACACCAGACAUGCCACCAGGGGUCUUUUCACAGUCCCCAAAUCCCCAAUGAAUUCAAGAAAACGUACAGUAUUAUAUAGAGCCAUGAUUGGAAAUGGAAAUCCCUUUAAUCUCAGAUUGCUCAAGUGAACAGCAAACCUGGCUUUAAGAAACACAAUGCCUCUCCCCUAUUUAACCUAAAUAUGCGUAUGUACUGAUAGAUGCUACUGAAUUUAUAUGUAAUAUAUGAAAAUGAUAAAUGUAGGACUAGAAUAAUUGGUCUCUCUGUGUUUUUUUCCUCAGUAUUGAGUCAGUACAGAACAUUUUAGUUAUAUUGUUCUUGUUUUAAAUGCAUGUAGUUCUGUCCUUGA